UCUCGACAGAAAGCACUGCAUCUCUCUCCAGACCUUCAUAUUCUGACUGCACAACUGAGUUAAAUGCUGUUAAUGUUGUGAAGUUACAAGUUCAGAACCUAUAAACAUCCCUGUGAGCUGCUAUUUAGAAACAGGACAAUUUGAAAAGAAAUACCAGCCAUUUUGAGCUUUCUAACAUUGAGAAUACACUAGAUUAUGGUAAAUUGUGAGCGGAAUCAGGCGCAGCAGUUGGACAGUACGGAAGAGCGGCAGCGUGCGUUUGAAAUUGAACACUGAGUCACACAAUAAAAUUCUAGUGAAUGGAAAGCUACUCAUUCAUGUUAGAAACUUGAAACGGCCGGAAGUUUGGGAAGAUUCAACCUUGAACAUGUAAAAAGACAAAUCAUUUUAAAAUUCCUCCCGUUUGUCAAAUUGAACCCAGUGUCAAAUCAGGUAUUAAACUGAUGCCCCAGAAAUCAACAAUUCUGUAAUCCACAAUGCUUCCGAUGUGGGCUGAUACUAUUGGAGCGUCUGGUUGUCUUUGGCGCGAAAUUCAGAGGAUGGCGAAGCGGAGAAAAUGUUUUUGAAUCGGCUAGAAAUGGGAAAGUAGUUGCUUGGAAAAAGAAACCAAGGCAUUCCAUAUAUUGACUUGAAUCCUCUGGAUGAGUCAGAGGAGUCCAUCCUGCCAAAACGUGGCAUACCUGCCUUCAUGAAGAAUAGGAAAAGGGGGAUUUGGCGCAGUAUAUACAAUGAUAUUCCCAUAUUCAUCAAAUGUUCAUGUCUUCAAACUUGCUUCAGUACUUUAUUUGUGUGUAACGUGUGGAGGAACAUUACUUGCCAGACCUGAUACCAUCACUAACUCCCUUGUAGGAGAACAAAUCUUGUUCCCUAUACAGCACCAAGGCAGAGAAGAUCAGUGUAAUGUAACAUUUAGAUCAAGACUUCCACAAACCUUUGAGAUUUUAGUAUGGAAGUUGAAUAAUCCAGAGAAGCUGUACAUUGUGCACCCACUGUAUCAAGACAGAGUUGGAAUCCAGAAAGAUUAUGUGGUGCUGUAUGAUGCCCAGGUUCAUGACACUGGACAAUAUGAAAUACAGAUUGAAUACAAUGGGACAGAACUGAGAAAACAUAAUGAGAACACUUUCAAGUUGCAAGUAUUUGUAUUCGAUUUGUUUGUAGUGUGUGAAGAAGCAUUACGCCUCAAACUUCAUACCAUUACUAAUGUUACUACAGGAGAACAGGUCCUGUUCCCUAUACAGUACCAAAGCACAGAUAAAUAUGAUGUAACAUUCAGUUUGAAAUUUCCACGAACCUUUAAGAUUUCAACAUGGAAAUCGAAUAAUCGGAAGAAGCUGCACAUUGUCCACCCAUUGUAUCAACACAGAGUUGCAAUCUACAGAGAUUUUGUGGUACUGAAUGAUGUACAUGUUAAUGACACAGGAGAAUAUGAAAUACACAUUGACUACUACGGGACAGAACUGAAAAACCGUGAUGAAAGUACUUUCAGGAUGAAAGUAUUUGAACCAGUUUCCGAGCCUGUGAUAGCGAUUCUUCGUAACUGUGUGAGUUCACCAAAUAUCAUUUUGAACUGCUCUGUUUCCAACGGAACAAAUGCCACGAUUCACUGGGAAAAAGUGUCCUUGUCUGGAGUUCUCAAUGAGACCUAUGAUGAGAGGCUGCUUAUAAUUGACUGUAUUACUGAAGAGGACCAAUAUGUGUACAGAUGCAUUGCAAAAAACCCAGUCAGCAAUGCAACCAGCAACCAAUUUCCUGUCAGCCCAAAAGACUGGGCCAAUCCCAAGGAUAAAAGAAGCCAUUUGAUGAUCCUGCCUGCUUUGGUGGUGGCAGUUCUGGUGCCAACCAUUCUGUACUUCUCAAUCAACAAAGCAAAACAAGAUCUGAAUGAGGAAAUAUCCAUGGGAAAUUAUAAAAGUCUGCAGGAACGUUUUCAGAAUCUAUAGAAUUUUGAACAAUAACCAUCAUUACAUCCACUGUCCCUCCAGCCACAUCCUCAACACUCUGAGAUGAAGCUCAUCUGGUCCAGAAGAUUUAUCAUCAUUUGAACACAUGUCCCCAGAGUAUUUGGUUCAACCUGUGGAUUACUAGUUCAGGGACAUCACCACUAUGUCACCAUCUCCCAAUACUAAGAUGCAGCUGUUUUUUCUGACCUUUUCCAACACUGAAUUGAAUAAGGAAUUUUGCAGAUUAGCAGGUGCUCAAAAUUUUCAGGUCCAAGACCAGCAUGAGAUCACUGCCAUUUUUUAAAAAGAACUUUUGAUACCUUCUACAUUGUGUGAAAGAUGUGUGUUGGGUGCAAGAUUUUUUAUUUUACUCAUACAUAUGAAUGAUGUUUAUUUUUAUGAAUGAUGUUUAUUUUUAUGUUAAAGAUUAAUUAUUUGAUAACACAUCUAUUUCCAUUUUAAAUGGAAUAAGAUAUUGAUUGCCAGUCUUUGACUAAAUUAUAGGCUUGUAAACAAAACAAUGGCUAUUUUUUUUUCAUUGACUGUUUGUACAAACAUACAUUAUUUUCCUUUUUAUACUGUGACUAUUGGAUUUGAUUUUGAAAUAAAGUUUACACUUGGAGAUUGUUAGGGGAAAAUUAAAAAUGCUAAAAGAGAACACUAGGAAUUUACUGAAGAAUACUUAAAAUCUCCAGGCCGACAUGGCUGCUAAGCAUAUUAAGAGUUGACGAUUACCAGAUGAAAAUUGCACAGCCUUGACCGUCAGGCUGAAAGCACAAGCAGGACAUAAAAUAGAUUAAGUGCACUCCCCUCUCACCUAGGGAAGGGGCAGAUGGUUUUAGCUUAGAUAUGGGAAGACAUACAAUGGACAAAGAGGGGGCUUUGAUGAAAUACAAACAGUCUUGAGCUGUGAGAAUCAAGGUCUUUGUGUACGUGUUUCAAUUUUGAUUGGAUGUAUUAUAAUUAUGUAUACAGCCUUUAGAAUAAUUGGUUAGCAAAAUC